AUGCUCGUGACAUUGAACUACCAUCGCCUACAUCACUUCUUUACGCAGUCACAACACCAACGAGAUCACCAACAGCACCCUCAUCCACCUCCGCAGCAGUCUGAGGCACAAGAAGACAUGGCUGUUUCUGAGGGCAUGACAUCCGCUGAGCUCGCAGCUCGAGACACCAAAGCAAAGAAGCAGCUGGACUCACUGAGACAGCGUGUGACACGUAGCGCCCGAGCUAUCAUCCAGGGGAAGUUCAGAUCGGUGGAGAACAAGUAUAAGCCGACCGGCGGACCUGCGAGAGAAGACAAGGCGUGGAUGGACAUGGUGGACGUUGAGGAUCGACUUGUCGAACGUGCUACACACGUAGAGACCAACAGGGGCGACCCCAAGACCGCCUAUCUAGCCAUCGUCGACACCCGCAGAGAGUUCCCUGAACUCGCCAGAAAGGUUCCAGGACCAGUCCGCCCAGAGUCUCUUCGCACCCCCUCGCCACAGCCAGCACCAUCAAUCCCACCGCCACCGUACCCAGCAGCCAACACCAUGAUCAAUGCCAGCGGCGUCGACACUUCCCAGACUGGCGAGAAGCGCAGACUUCCACCGCAGCCUGCUCCAGGCCAAUCUCAGACCAAGAAGGAAGUCAUCGACAUCGACUCUGACGAAGACAACGAUGAUCACCGUGAUAAUGACUACGACCCGGUCGAUGACGCUUCCUCCAAGCGCGAGGAGCGUGCCAAAAAGCGUCACCGGAGCGAGAACAAGGACAACUUCGCUAGUAAGAUCAGGAAGACGGAGGAUGAGGAGGACCUGGAGUAUCAGCUGAAGGAGAUUCAGAUGAAGGCGGACAUGCAGAAGUUGGCGGUUGAGAGAAAGCUUGCUGCGAUUAGGCGUCAGAAGAAGGAGGACGCUGCUGCUGCUGCUACUGAGGCGAAGUAA